AUGCUUCAUCAUAUAGUACUGGGGGCGGUUCUCACCGGCCUCAACGGCAUCAGCCUGUGGCAUUCUGUACCCUUUACCGGGCUGAGCCCUUCUAAUGGUAUUUUAUGGCGCAGUUUCAGUUCCUUGGAGAUCGCGGGCUCUUUCUACGGCCUGCGCUAUGUCUACCCUUUUGUUUUCCCGGAUGACGAUGCCACCUUGAAGGAAGACGUUUUGUUACAACAUUCCAUUCACUCCCAAAAGUUCGAAAAUGCUAGGCUGGCCCUGCAACAAUCAUCCAAAGCAGUAUCCUAUUACACCAAUACCCCGAUGGAUAUAAAAGCGACCAAGGAUCCGAUAACCACAGAAAAUUCCAGCUCAACACAUUUGCCUGACAGCAUGUCCUGGAUCCGUCCUGAAGAAUUAACGCAACAGCCUGGAAAAUCCCAAUGUUUUUUCUGGAACCUUCUCAUCCUUGGUCUUGUUGGAAUGCAUAUCUAUGAGUUGAGGAUUCUCCACACCAUGAAUAGUCAGCCCCCAACGGCUACGAUUCAAAGAGAACUCGACGAAGUGACUGAAGAGAUCGGCUGGUUCCGACAAGAAUUCGGCCAGUUGAUCCCUAACCUCCAUGGCAUGGGAACAAGUUUCACAGAUGCCGUGGUUGAGAAUGAACGCCUUUACAGAGAAACCAUGGAAGCUGUGGACUUGAUGGGCCUAAAAUUCUCAGAAAGUAUGAGCUCCAUCGAUUCUCAACUUUCAGAACUCCGUAAGAAGACCCAAGGGGCGUUUGAAAGCGUUUCUGAUAUUCCCAAACAGUUAGCCUGGCUCAACACCUUAGUCCAACAGACUCAACGCGAAGAGGAUGAAAAGAAACGACAACUUUCAGGUUUCUUCAUGGAAGCCACCAGCCCCAGCCUUGAGAAGAGAUUCAGUUCCAGUUCUGAGUCCUUGUACAGUUCUGGUCAACUUCCUAUUCCUAGUUCUUUCCCCGAUCCACCCAAAAUCCGUGGCGUUCCACCGCGUGACAACUCCAAAUCCUCGUCUUCUACACUCUCCAACUCGGGAUCUAUCUCCCCCAAGUCUCAGGUCCCGUCUUCCAACACCCAAUCUACGCCUUCCGCUCCUCCGGCUACACUUUCACAGCCAAAACUCAAUUGGAACACGCGACCAGCACCGCCGCCGUAG